AUGUCGAUGGCAGAUGGGACCGCAAUCGAUGGCAUCCGAUCGAAACUACAACACUUUCUCGGCUGGAACACAAAAGAUCAAGACAAAGUGGCCAUCAAACAACGUGUGAGGGACUUUGCUCCGAUCGUUUUCUUUGACUUUGAUUUCACACUGACAGUGGUUCACGUGUUCAAAUCGCUGGCUGGUUGGGUGGAUGCUCAAGUUUGCAUGUUGGCCAUGCGUGGAAUGGUGGUUUCAGAGCCCCAUGCCCUGACUGAACGCGGUCAGUUGCGGCGCCUCUCCGAACUUGGACCAGCAUGGAUCGAGCAAGCCUUUGGUGGGUUCAGCCGGGUCACGGCCAUUCGAAAGCUCUUGGAUGGUUUGAUCAACAGCGGCUGUCAAAUUGUGUUGGUGACCCGUGGAUAUGUCGGAGUAGCACGAAAGUGUUUGCAGGAAGUGGAUUUGCUUGGAAAGUUUGAUGCUCUCUAUGGAAACAUCGGGGUAGCCUAUGGCACACGCACAGCCUAUGACAUUGAGACUGAGCAGAAUGUCACUGGCCUGUCAGAAGAAGUAGACCGUCUCUGGAGUUUGCUUGGCAAAUGGAAAGAGGGAGAAUGGGACUCAAAAACGGAGAUUGUUCAUCGAUAUCAGCAUCAGUACAUGCUCACUCGCGAGCAGGUGCUUUUUGUGGAUGAUGAUUCCCAAGAGUUGGCUCCGCUGCGUCACUCUGCCCUGACAGUUCACGCUAAAGGGAACGGCAUGGGCGAGAGGGACAUGAUGGACAUUUUGGAUUUGCUGGGUCUCCAGCAGGAAGCUUGGGCUUCUGAUUGCUAUGACUACUGGCAUGCACUUCGUGAUCCAUUGGCUAGCAAGCCCUUUGCCAUCACGAUCUUUAACCGCAAACACAUUCCAAUCAGAGGCGUGGAGGAACACUUCGGUGUUGGCGGUUUGUUGUCGGAAAGAUCUGAUGCCUCCUUUGGCAUGUUUGGAUCCUUUGGAGACCUGCAGCUGCUGCGAGGGAAGUCUCCUGAGGUGGAGAGCGUCACCAGCAACGGCUGCAAUGGAAAAGUGGCCAUGCCAGUGGUAAGUGAGCUGGAUGAACAGGCUGAAGUUCCUGGAGUCCCAGCAAGUGCUACAGGAAAUCACUUGUAUGAAGAGCCCUUGAGCAAACACAGACCUGAGGAACCGGUGAAAACCUUGACGUCCCUCGUCCGGAUGUUCCAGCAAACUUUGCUGGGACUGUGCCCUAUCACCCUGGCAACUGCUGGAAGACAUAGAAAUACGAUUUGUUGCCAUGAGGUUCAGUCCAGCCCAGAAGAAGCUGUUUGGUGCCGCUAUCAGAAGAAGAAACAUAUUGGCGCAGGCCACUUUGGUGAGGUUUUUCAAGCGAACGAGUUGUGCACUGGUCGACCAGUAGCCGUGAAGCAUUUGGAACGUUUGGACCCAGAGGAAGAAGGUCAAGGUGAUGAGGUCAGUGUGCUACGAGCCUUGGCACAUCCCAAUCUACUUCGCAUCUUUGAAGUGGUGAAAUUUCCAGGUGAAGUGCUGAUUGUAACCGAGCUGGCAGAACAGGGUAGCCUGUCCACAUUUGCUGCUGCUGCCGCCGCUGGGUCUCAACCAGAAGGGGCUCCAUGGAUAGCAGGAGCCAUGCAGCAGAUUCUGAGCGCAGUGGCUUACUGCCAUCGGCAAUUUGUUUUGCAUGGCGACCUCAAACCUGAAAAUGUUUUGAUUGGUGGGACCAGACCUGAUGGAUCACCCUUGUGCAUCGUUUGCGACUUUGGGCACGCGACAGUUUGUUUGGGAUCAGAGCUAGUUGCCGCACCAGGUGAUCCCAGAUACAUAGCACCAGAAGUCAUUGCGAAGGAACAUCUUUGUACUCGAAGCGAUGUCUACAUGUUGGGGGUGACUGCCUUUGAGCUUCUAACCGGCGGUUGGCUGCCUUUCUUCAAUUUGAAGGCUGCAUCCUUACCAAUGUGCUAUCAGCAACUGAGUCGCGGAGGUGUCCAUGAGCGAAUUUUGUCUGAGAAAGGACUGGACUGGCGAGAUCAAGAGCGUUUGCGCAUCGCCUGCAAACCUGAGGUGCAGAGCGUG